UUUAUAGAUACCUAGUUGCAAACAGUGACUUCAGUGUUACUUUGAAUGCUCAAGCUUACACUUCCAGGUAAUGAAAUAGAAAAUAGUUUCAAUGUCAUGCUAUAUCACGAUAUUAAAAGACAAUAAUAACGUGAGAAAAUUAAAUCGUACGACAUAACAUAUAAACUUGAUCUUGAAAGUAUAGAUAAAACAUCCAAUUACGUAACAAAGCGGAAAAACGUACUUAUAUAAUUAUUUAUUGAUGACGGCAAUUGACAUGGACGAGUCAUUCUUUGAGAAAAUUUUACAAACACAUGAAAAGAAUAAUAAAAUAAAAGUCUUGGAAGUAAGCCAAAAUUUAGCCACUGCUAAAGGUGAUAAUUAUUUAAGCAAUAUUUACAGAGUCAUUGUAAAAUACAAUAAAGACAAUGGAAAAUUUAAAGCAAAUGAAGAAAUUAGUUUAAUUGUUAAAUCAAAAACUGAUAAAUUUGUAUUUGGAGAAAUAAGUACAAGUCACUUUUUUAAAAAUGAAAUAUAUGUUUUUGAAAAAUUACUUCCAAAAAUUGAAAAAUAUAUUGGCUGCUCAAUUGCACCAUUUCAUUAUCUUUCAAAUGAAAAUGAACAAUAUAUAAUUAUGGAAGACCUUGGAAGAGAAGGAUAUGCAAUGGGAAAUAAACUCAAAGGUGUUUCUUAUGAACAUUGUCUCAAAAUUAUUGAAAAAGUAGCGAAAUUUCAUGCUGGAUCUGUUGCCCUUUAUGAAAAAGAACCAAAUUUACUGGAAAAUUUCGAUAGUAUCUCUAAUCAUCAACAAUUGGCAGAUGAUUACUUUAAUUUUGUGAAAAAUUCUCUAAUCAAUUUAAGUGACAAUAUUGAAAAGAUGUGGAAGGACAAAGAAUACCAGAUUAUCGCGUCAAAAUUAAGGAAUUUAAUUGACCAAAUAAAGGAUAAAUUAAUUGCAGCCUUUAAACAUGAUGCUGAUGAAUUCUGCGUAUUAAAUCAUGGUGACUUGUGGGUGAAUAACGUGAUGCUUAAAAAUAAUAAAGAUGGCAAACCAAGUGAUGUAAUCUUAGUUGAUUAUCAGAUAGUAUCUUACACAUCGCCAGCGAUUGAUGUACAACACUUUUUGGCAAUGUGUCCAGAAUUUGAAUUAAAGGGAGUAAAAGAUGAAGAAUUUUUAGAGAUUUAUUUAACAAUAUUGACAAAAACAAUGAAAAAAAUAGGUUGCAAAACAAAUGCUCCAACGAUGGAACAACUUAAAAGUUCCAUUUAUAAGCGAAGAAUUUAUUCAAUUUUAACUGGAUUGAUCUACACACCAGGCAUAUUAACAAAUAAAAUUGAUGAAACUACACUCGAUUUAAACGUCUUUGAUGUACCUGCAGCAGUGGAAACAGUAGAAAAAAUGUCAAAACUUUAUUUACAUAAAGGAUAUUUUGACUAGAAAUUUUAUUAUUAUAGGAUCAUUGAAUUUUUAAUAGAAUAUAAUUUUUUAAUAAUUUAUGCAAAUUUUAAAUAAUAUAUAAAUUAAUGAAAAGAUUCCAUUUUUAUACAUUGUUAACUAAUUUUGAGUAACAAAUCAAAUAUCGAUAUAUUAAUAUAUUUUAUAAUAAAUUAGUAGUAAAAAAUUAUUAUUCAUAAAUUUAACAUUUUUUUGUUGUUGUUUUAUUAAUGAAUUUUAAUGAUAUGUUGACAUUGUGAUAUUAUGUAAUUUAUUGUUCCAAAGCUAAUUAAAUAGAUGCACUAUUAUUAACUGAUAUCAAAUCUUGAUCUAAUCAGAUGAAUAAUUGCAAAAUAAAAAGUCCUAAAUUGAUUUAUG